GACUGAAGGGAGGAGACUGCUCGUAUUUUACGCCGAGAAGGACCUGGACGCCUUCGCAAACACGGAGUACAUCCUGGGGGAUGGCAACUUCAAGUAUAAUCCAUCCGAAUUUCACAGCCCUGGACAGCUGUACACAAUACAUGCAAUUGUCAAAGGCGAAGCGCACCCCAUAGUGUACGCAUUGAUGCAGGCAACAGAUGUGAGAGCGUACCAAGCGGUGUUCCACACCUUGAAGGAGUCCAUGGUGCGACGAUUUGGUCACGUCGGGAGCCUAUCCACUACGGCGACCUGGCUAUUUGACUAUGAGUCUGCAGCAAUACGGGCAGCACUCAAUGUGUUCCAGACAGCGACGGGUGAACCCAACGUGCGAGGCUGCGCCUUUCACUAUGCCAAGGCCAUCAACAAGAAGCGAGACGAGCUCGGUCUGAAGGUGUUGUGCAGAGAGAACGCCGAAGUCAACCGAUGGUUUGUUCGAGUGAGGCAUCUGCCGUUCGUUCCUGACGACUUCCGCCUGGCCUUCGCCGACGACAUCCUUUCUGUGAAGCCGGACCUGCCUCCACUACAUGCGGCGCGUCUGGCGCUGUUUGACCGGUACUACCGAGCGUACUGGCUCACGAACAGCCUGCUGAAGGACCGCUGGGGACAAUUUGGGAACCGAGGACCGAGGACCACAAACCACGUAGAAGGCUGGCACAAUGGCCUGCACAGUCGGUUCACGUGUCGUCACCCAAACCUGGCCGAGUUCCUGGAGUUCCUGCGAGUCAGUCAGCACGCCGUGCAAAACAGAGUCCAGGCCCUUCUGUUGGACCCGUUGGCAGUGCCAACCCCGACGUCAGCUGCAGUACGGGAGAGAAACGCGAGCCUAUUGCAAGAAAUGGACUCCUUCUCGUGGUACUUGAGCACAAGUCCGGUAUCUUUUAUGGACCUGACCACGUACCUAGACAGAAUCGCCUUGGUUGGUGUCCUGCCGUCGGAAAGUUAGCGUCCGCACAUUUUGUAUCUAAUGUAAAUAUUGUUAUAUUCCAAUUAAA